AUGCAGCGUGAAAGUGCAAUAGCUGAUGACUAUCGGAGUUACACAUUACAACAUGGAAAGAAAGAUCAAGUUGAAUUUGCAUUACAAAAUAUUGAACGAAAACUAAUUGAUUUGAAAGAACGAAUACAUAAUAUUAAUACUAAUAAUCAAGUAUUACAAACCAACGUAGGCGAUGGCGGUAAAAUUGGAAUAUGGGAUGGUAUCUCCGGCUUUGGCACAACAGCAGCUAAGAUUUAUAUGGAAAAUAUGAAUGGUCAUUUAAAUUGUGAUGUAUUACAACACGAAUUAAAGCAACUCAUCACAGAAAUUCCUAACAAAACCGAAAUGUUCUUUCAGCAAGACUUGGCCCCCUGGCAUACCUCAGAUACAGUCAAGAAGAAAAUUGCUAAAGUGAAGUUAAAUGUACUAGAUUGGGCUCCAAAGAGUUCAGACUUAAAUCCAAUAGAAAUGCUAUGGCCAAUUUUGGACAAAACACUGGCUUCCAAGCCAAUUUAUGCAAGACAGGGCCUGUAG